UAGGUCAUAAGACCGGAAUGGAUGUUGUUUACAUUUUGCUUGGAUUUCAUAUGUUUAAUAGCAUUAUAGCUGAUUAUCCAUUUAGAAAUACAUCGCUAUCAUGGAAGGAAAGAGUAGACGACUUGGUAAGUAGACUGACAAUGGAAGAAAUCAUGUAUCAGAUGGCUAGAGGAGGAGCAGGGAUACAUGGGGGUCCAGCCCCUGCAGUUACUAGACUGGGCAUAGGACCUUACCAGUGGAAUACAGAAUGUCUAAGGGGAGAUGUAAUGGCAGGAAAUGCUACAGCUUUUCCUGAAGCUAUUGGUUUAGCUGCUACUUUUAGUUCAGAUUUAAUUUUCCGUGUGGCAGAAGCUACAGCCAAGGAAGUAAGAGCAAAACACAAUAAUGAUGUACGCCAUGGUUAUUACUACGAUCAUACUGGACUCAGCUGCUUCAGCCCUGUUAUAAACAUCAUGAGAAAUCCACUGUGGGGAAGAAACCAGGAAACGUAUGGAGAGGAUCCCCACUUGAGUGGACUGUAUGCCACCAGCUUUGUGAAGGGUCUACAGGGAGAUCAUCCAAAGUAUAUCAGAGCUAAUGCUGGGUGUAAACACUUUGAUGUCCAUGGGGGACCAGAAGAUAUUCCAUCCUCUAGAUUUGGUUUUAAUGCUGUGGUAUCAGAAAGAGACUGGAGACUAACAUUUCUACCUGCAUUCAAGAAGUGUGUCGAUGCUGGAUCCUACAGCCUUAUGUGUAGUUAUAAUAGUAUAAAUGGGGUGCCAGCAUGUGCAAACAGUAAACUACUAACAAGUAUUUUACGUGAUGAAUGGAAUUUUACUGGAUAUGUCGUGAGUGAUGAGGUAGCCAUAGAAAACAUAAUGUUUUGGCACCAGUAUUAUCUGGACCCUAUUGAUACAGUGGCAGGAUGUGUUAAUGCUGGGUGUAACUUAGAAUUGUCUGGGAACUCAUAUAAACCUGUGUAUCUAUAUAUGUUGGAUGCUAUUAAACAGAAAAAAUUAACAGAAGAUACUGUGAGAGAAAAAGUGAAGCCAUUAUUUAAUACCAGAAUGAGGCUAGGAGAAUUUGAUCCGCCAUCAACAAACCCUUACAUGCAGUUAAACCUGUCUGUUAUACAGAGUAAAGAUCACAGAGAUUUAGCUCUAGAGGCUGCAUAUAAAUCUAUUGUCAUGUUAAAGGGAGGACAGACUGUGCUGCCAAUAUUUAAACAAAUACCAAAAAUUGCAGUUGUAGGACCUAUGGCUAACAACACAGGACAGUUGUUUGGAGAUUACUCCCCAGAUGCUGAUCCACGUUUUGUCUCCACCCCCUGGGAGAGCCUCCGUAAAGUGGCAGUAGAUGCCUCCUAUGCUGCAGGCUGUCAGGACGGUAACAAAUGUACCAAGUAUUCAUCAUCAGACAUACAAUAUGCUGUUAAAGAUUCAUAUAUUGUAUUUGUAUGUCUUGGCACAGGUACAGAAAUAGAAUCGGAAGGAAAAGAUAGAAGAGAUAUGGAGUUACCAGGGAAACAGCUUCAAUUGUUACAGGAUGCUGUUAAGUAUGGUGGUGAUGUAUCUGUGGUGUUACUGUUAUUUACUGCUGGACCAGUCAAUAUUACAUGGGCAGAGGAAAACAAAAAUGUUGUCAAUAUAUUCCAGUGUUUCUACCCAGCUCAAGCCACAGGAGAAGCUCUGCUUACUUUGUUUACAACAGUCAAUAACCGUGUCAAUCCAAGUGGGCGUCUACCAUACACAUGGUACAAGUAUGCUGAUCAGAUACCCUCAAUGAUUGAUUACAGUAUGAAGGAGAAGACUUACAGAUAUUUCAGUGGAGAACCUCUCUAUCCUUUCGGUUUUGGAUUAACCUAUACUACAUACAACUAUUCAAAUCUAGUGGUACCAGCUACAGUUAAAGUUGGGGAACCAGUUCUUUUACAAGUGACUGUUACCAAUACUGGUUUAUUUGAUGGAGAUGAGGUAGUACAAGUAUAUAUACAUUGGUUGACAACAAAGGAACCAAUGCCUAAUUUACAGUUGGUAGCAGUAGAUAGAGUGUUUAUACAACGACAUACCAAUGUCACAGUCAAACUCACAAUAGAUGCUCAAAGUAUGGCUGUGUGGACCGAUAAAGGAUUUGUUAUAGAGCCAGGCUCCAUACAAGUAUAUGUUGGUGGACAGCUACCCAACCAGAAGAAGACAGUGCCUUCAAAUGUUCUCAGUGCUACAUUUAAAAUUGUCGAAACAAAACUCUAAAAAUGGUGGAUUUCAUAUAGAGGGGAUUUUUAUUACAUUUUUAAAAAAAUAUUAUGUUGUCUUGCCUGCUAUAAAGUUGUGGACCACAAGAUAUAGGGAUGCACAUUUCUUGGUAUAAGCUUUAUAUUUUGAAGUUGAAAGAACUGCAUAAUUUGUAUCUUGUAUACAGAUGAUAUCUGGUCGACAUUGAUUUAUUUUAUUGACAUUUUGUAAGCCUUGAAACUCAUCUUUAGGGUUUGGUGACUACAUAUAAAUAUACAGUAUUGAAUGAUUUGACUCAUGUUCCUGUUAGUUAUAAUGAAUGAUAGACAGUCUAUAUUUAAUAUAUAAACAUUUCAAACUAUAUACAUGUCUGCCAAGCAGUGUUCACCUGACAUAUUUACCUCAUAUCAUGGAGUUUUUGUGUAGUGCAUGUUAGUGAGAUGAAUAAGUUUUAUUGGAUACCACUCUUCAUUUUACCUUGACUUUAUUUGCUUCAUUCAUUGGUUAAUGUUGAACAUAUAUGAUACCUGAAAUACAAUCUUGAUUUAGAAGAUUAUUACAUAAUAUUCAGUCAUAAUUAGUUACAGAUGCUCUCAUUUCCACCUGAUCCAGUCUUGUAUAGCUUUCGAAGUAAAAAGGGGUUAUAAAAUUUUUGAACUUUCUGACAAUUGGUUAGUCUUUUUCAUUUCAUGAUGUUAACUCAAAUUAUUUAUAUCAGAUUGGAAUAGAAUAAUCAAAUAUGUAUUUGCUGUCAUAUAUUUUCACUUCUUUGCAAGAAUCCCUAUCAUGCAUAUUUUUGUCUCAACUAUGUCACAGAGAUCAAAACAUAGGAAGGUUACUCAAGCUGCAAAAAUAUGACAAAAAGUGGUAAAGGAUCUACUAAUAUAACUUUGAAUAUGCUGUCACAUAUAAAUAAAAUCUUGAACCAUAAUUUGAAUGAGGGUAAAAAUGUUAUUUAUUUAUUCUUUUGUUUGAUUUGUAAUGAUAUGUGUUUAUUAUGUGAUAUUCAUUGGAUAACAUCACUUAUUUACAUGGCAUCAAUUGACAAUUAAUUAUAUGGGACGUACGCGCAAGCGCAGAUGGCAUAGGACAAACUUUAAAUACAUGUCACACCACAUUAUCCUAUAUCUAUUUAACUUUGUUUUCUGUCAGUUUCAUUAGAAUGGAGAUAACAAUAACACACAAAGAUUAAUAUCUUCCAAAAUGUUAGUUAUCCUCAAUCCACAAAAAAUUGGUAUCCCUGGCCAAAACAAAAAUGAAUCCAUAGUACUUAUCGAAUGGUUAUAUCUUGUUCUCAUUGUGUUAUUCAAACAACAUUGUAAACAGUAUCUUGUUAAUAAUGAUAUAUCUUAUUUU